UGGACUCUCAUCAGCAUCGGCAGCAUCUCUUCAUCCUGCGGCCACCACCUGGGACUCUUCAGCGACCAUCGAGAGUGGCGGGAACCGAGGCUUUUCUACGACGCACAACUCCCACCUGCCGAAAUGUUCGGCAGUGAGGGCUCCUAGCGUCCUUCUCUAGAGACAACAGUGAAGAGGUUGGAGGUCCCUUGCACAUCAAUGUCUCUCGCUCAGAGUCGAAAGCCCUCCUCAGGUCAGCGCAGGCGCUCAGUCGGCACUAGUGGCGGCAGCGGGCGAUAUUCCAGUGAUACAUCCAGCACCCACACAUACCCUGGUCGGGGCAGGGCAACAGAGGGCAGCCCCACUGCCCGGACGUAUCCUAGUACACCCAGGCGUCAGGCAAAGCACACAGCCUGCAGCGACAACCAUGGGAUCAGGCCCCCUACACCGGAGCAGUACCUCACACCCCUGCAACAGAAGGAGGUGUGUAUACGACAUCUGCGAGCCAGGCUGAGGGAGAAUGUGGAAAGACUACAACACAGGGACUGUGAAAUAGAUGAGUUGAGGACCCAACUGUAUAGGAUGCAGGAAGACUGGAUAGAAGAGGAGUGCCACCGUGUGGAGGCCCAGUUAGCCCUCAAAGAGGCCCGCAAGGAGAUCCAGCAUCUCCAAGAAGUGGUCGAGUCUGUGAGGUCCAACCUUGGUGUCCGUGAACAAGACCCCCACGAUCACAAGCCAUACUCAGGGUUGCAGGGAGCUCGGCCAGGGGGGAGGUCUCGCUCCUGUGGCUGUUCCCCAGCCAGCACCUUGAGCCGCAGCACCACUUACACCCGCCUGAGCAGCGAGGCUCUGCAGCUGGAGCGCAGCUCUAACGCUCCUGAGGCAAGUGGAGCGUCUCGCCCUCCAGGACAAACCCACCUACUCCUGGAAGCAGCCCUCCUGUCAGAACAGCUGCCACCACAGGGCCAAAUCCGAGGCCCCCCCACUGUACCGCGCUCUUCCACCUACGAAAGGCUGUGCAGUGGGGGGACUGUGUUGCCAAUUUCACACUCCUGCCACACUCUCAGUAGCAGCUGCAGGUGUAGUGGACACACCUACCUCCCCCAUCAUCACUUGUUCCUGCACUUACCUCAGGAGGACGCCCCACUAACAGCGGUGACUCCUGCUGUCUCUGUCUCCAGUCCCAUCCCGACACCUGCACCUGCAGUAGAGAAAAAGCCAGAGGUCCGCUCCCAGGCCUGCAGCCCGACCAUGACCUGGCUGUGUGAGGAAAGUGCUGCCGAAGAGCUGAGUGUCAUUUCUUUAGCCACAGCAGACAUCACUCCCCCAGAACCACAGCUGUUUCCCUCUUCUUUACCUCCCGCGUCCCCCCCUGAGCAUUCAUACAGCUUAGAGCCGCUACCACCCGACAAACCAGAGGAGGUGGUGAAGACACCAGCAGAUACCCACACCUGCCAGCCCCACCCCACAGCUCCACUGCCAGCGAGGCAGGAAGCUACAGUACUGGAGAUAGAAGAGGACGAUACGGAGGAAACUGAAGGCGCAAACGAAGAAGGGUACACGCCUCAGCUGUGCCACUGGAGCCGGUACUUCCUCAUAGAUCUUUUGGCUUUGGCGAUGCCGGUUGUCCCAACCAUGGCGUGGCUGUGUCGAGGGGCACCACGGGACGUCAUGCCAGUGUAUCACAUUGGGUCCCUGCUGAGAGGUUGCUGCGCCGUGGCCCUCCACUCGCUUCGCCGCCAGGGUGCAGGCAGGGGACGCAGGCCUACCAGCAUGAAUGGAACGACAACAAUCUGACACUUUGUGCUCCCUCUGACAUUAAGAAUACAACUCCCAACCUCUGCGGGCACAGCCACAACAAUGCUGACUUUGCUUUAUCGCAUUUUGGCCAUUGCCAUGUGUUGGAUAUCCCCUCUUAUGAGAUUUUUAGAUUUUACACAAUGCCCUUGUGAUUUUGUGGUCAUGCCUUGCCUUAGAGAACAAAGGAUUAGUUGUACAUUAUUAAAUACUUUAAUUACUCAAAAUACUUACUGCUACUGCCUGCAGUUUAAGUGGUUUUCUCUUUAUUGCAAUUUGCAUGUAACCUACAGUUUGGUUGGGCUCUCCUGCUUGAAUUAAAAGGCUUCUACCUGGAUUCACAUGAACCAUCUUCUGGGCAAAGAUAUUCAGUUUAUUUUAUAAAAAAAAAAAAACUAAAAAUUGAAAGAGAAAUUGUCUGAAGUCGAAUGCUUCUCUGUUUGCAUCAUCACGUUUCAGAAAUUGUUAAUAAGAGAUGGGAAAAUUUUCCUUGAUAUCAGUAUAGUCCCAAAAUGUCUCUGACUAGUUGACUGACUUGUACAGAAACAGUUGAUAGAUUUACAGAGCACAGCGAGCACAGGCAGCGAGACGUGGGAGGCUUUCAUUUUUGUACUUCCACCCAUGAAAAUACAGAGUAUGUUUCAAAGCUGUUGGGACUUGAACCUUCUGAAAAGUAGAGCAUGUGCAUCAAAUCUAGUUCUCAGGUGCAGAAAACAGACAGAAAAAUUGGUAUUUUGCCAAUAAACAAAUCAUGGGAGUUUGAAACUGUACAGACUCUAUUUCUUUGCUCCUUUUGGGACAUUUACCCUCAACAUCAACUUUAGUUAUUCAGUUACACCGACCUGAAAAUAAAGAAUAACAAAAAUCUGCAGUGUGGCUUAUGACUGAGUUAAAUUAACAUAGUGGAGAUCAAAACGUGUUGAGAGAAAUACAAGGCACUGUGCUUAUAUCAUUUCAGCAGGUCAGCCUUUGCUGCAGUUUGGAUCUAAAAAUAAAGCCUAGAGGUGGGUGUGUGAGCAGGACACUAAUAUGUACCUGACUUCCACUGCUCCAGUCCUGAAAUGCACCGUCUGAUCAUAUGUCUGCGGUUACAUAUUUCUAUAAAACAUUUUUCGUAGAGAAGGAGAAAUAUUUCUUUAAGAUCUAACACACAGUAGUUUGUGAUUCACACAGCUGGAUGAAUGAGAGUCUCAGAUGAACAGCUUUACACAGUUUACUGGAUUUGUGAGGAGACAACGUGUUUUUGAUACUGCAAAAUAUUUUCAGAUUUUACACAACACAGAAGAUCUUUGCACAGCUGCAAGUAGAGAUUAACACUUGAAUAGUUAUUCUUUUUGUCAGUGUAGGUUGCUGUCAAAGCAGUGUAUUGCAAUUUAUAAUGAUGUACAGUACAAAUCAUAGUAUUGCAAGUGGCCCUUUUGUGUGUCAGCUGCAGUGGCAUCAUUUGUAACUGCAAACUAUGAUGUACAUUAUGUAUAUUGUUACCAAUUUCAGCCUUAUUAUGCAAAAAUAGCAAUGUUUUAGCUUUCAGGGAUCUUUCCAAUAAGGGUUUACUAGUUUAGUCAGUGAUUCAGCUUAAUGCAGAAGACUAUCUGUUAGUGUAAAUUCAAACCAAUGGAAAAUAAAAAGCGUAAUAUAUCUGUGGUUGGAGCAGCACAUAUUGUAUUGUUUGAACUUGUCACUAUUUUCUUACUUUGAACUUGUUCGGCUUUGGUUCCAAAGCAACUAUUUUUCCUCCAUGUUCAAAGAAGCACUUCUGAAUUUGUUUUUGCUCAAUAUGUCACUUACCCUUCUCCACGUACUCAUUGCAUAGCCUGGGCUCUAAUAUGUGA